AUGCCACAACUGCUACCAACACCAUUACCACCACAUCCUCCUCCUUCUCUGCCACCAUCACCACCACAACCACCACCACCACCACCUCCUCCUCCUCCACCCACACUAUUAUCUCUGCCACCAACACCACCACCAUCACGUUGCCACCGCCUCCAUCACCACCACAACCACCACCACAUCCUCCACCUCCACCUCCACCUACACCGCCACCACCACCACCACCACACCAUCUCCUCCUCCACCACCUCCACCUACAUUGCCACCACCAUCACCACGGCAUCACCACCUCCACCUCCACAACCGCCAUCACCACCACCACUACUACAACAUGAUUAG